AUGGAAGUAAUGUUUGCUUUGGAAAAGGAAGCAUCGAUGCGUCAGCAUAGGAUGGCGGCGAUAACGGCAAGUGGAAACUCUUCAAUAGAAAGAUUUUAUGCCGGCUCCACAGUUUUUGUUACCGGCGGCUCGGGAUUUGUCGGAAAACUUCUAGUUGAGAAACUGUUCAGGUCUUGUAAUGUCAAUAAAGUAUUUCUAUUGCUGAGAUCAAAAAAAAACAAAACUGCACAGCAACGGGCGAACGAUAUUCUAAUGGAUCCGGUAUUCGAUAGUCUGCACAAACAUAAACCAGAAUUCGUGAAUAAUGUAUUGGCACUGGAAGGAAAUGUUAGCGAAGUUAGACUUGGUCUUAACAGUUCCGACUGGAACACGAUAGCUGAACAGGUAAAUAUUAUCUUCCACGUUGCCGCAACGGUCAACUUUGACGAAACAAUUAAAAAAGCUACCCUGACCAAUGUGCGUGGAACCAGGGAAAUAUUGCAUUUAGCCAGAGCUUGUAAACAUUUGCGGUCCAUAGUUCAUGUAUCAACUGCUUAUUCCCAUGCCACUAAAAGUCGCGUUGAUUCAGCGGUGAAGGAGCAAUUUUAUGAAAGUCCGAUGCCGCCUAAUGCUUUGAUAGAACUGGCUGAAAACAUGGAUGAAAAGAAGCUAAAUUCCAUUGUCAAACAGCUAAUGGAUGACUGGCCUAAUACCUACUCAUUCUCCAAAGCAUUAGGUGAGGAAAUUGUUCGCACCGAGGCUCGUAAUUUACCUAUAUGCAUUGUGAGGCCAGCAAUAGUUAUUUCUUCGUAUCACGAACCAAUGAUUGGCUGGAUUGAUCCAAAUAAUGCAUACGGAGCAAGUGGAGUAAGUUUAUACUUUUUAUUAUUAUUAAUUUUAUGUAAUAGAAAGCUGUAG